CGGAGCAUAUUGCGCUAGAAUUUAAAUCUGUUGCGAUUAAUUUAAGUCAGCACCUGAUCACAGGAAAAUGUGUGCUGGAAGAGUUGUUAUUCUUAUUUGUGGAUUGGGAUUUUUGUGUUUCGUUAAAAGCGCCACGGCUCAGUAUUAUGAUUCAUACCGGGAUUUGGAGACAGCGUGCAACGAAAGCCUCACAGUAGUCUGCCCAUAUAUGUACACCGGCAGAGCGGGAACCUUUCGUUACUACUAUAUCGGCAAUCUGCCUGCCGGACGUUGCUCGUUUAACGUAACGUUAGACUCGAACUGCGGAACAUCGGCGAGUAACCAGUUUGCGUUUUAUUUCAAUAUCAGGAAAUUUAUUCUGCCAUCCGAGGACACCCUGACAAUUUACCAAACCCGUGAUUCCGUAAUGGGAAACUCGUCCACCAUGAUCAAGAAAUUAACCGGCUACCUCGCCCAGUCAUAUAACCCUACGUCCGUCGCGCAAGCCAGGACAGCAUUUUCUAGACAGCCGUCUUUCACGUUCGAGUACUUCCGCAGCUCAUCUCCGUACAGCGGCCUUCAUGAAGCGUACAUUGACUUCGUUAUCGUAGAAAGCACUUCUCACAUACGCAACGCCUUUUGCGCUGCGCUUGGGGGAUAUGUGCACGAUGACUUCAUCUGUGAUAAGGACGGUUUGACUGAUCGUGUUAACUGUCCGUCCAGUUUCAGUCCCUCCAUAACGGGACGGAAUCCGGCGCUUUGGCGACAAUGCCAGACCGCAUCGACAACACCGUAUUACUGGGAUCGGUCGACGCGCUACUGGAACAACAAUAAUAAUUAUGAUUACGAAGAUGACCUGAGUGCUGGAGCUAUUACGGGCAUCACUGUGGGAGUUGUCUUCUUUGUGAUCCUGAUCAUAUAUAGCCUUUGCUUCCUCUGCCUGCUCUUCUAAUCGAAGGACAGCCCCUAGCCGACCCAUCGUUUUGACUUCAACAGGCGGCAACGUCAACACCAGCCGUCCGGUUGUGGUGGGCAACCAAACAUUCGCUGAGUUGCAUUCGUCGUAUGUGGCAACCCCAGUACUUACUGGGCCGGCUCCACCCUUUAUGGGUGCACCGCCGUCCUAUGAGGAAGUCACUGCCUCGUCGCCCCAAGUUACUCUUACAAUGCCACAGGCUACAGUGCCAAAAUACUGACCCUCGCAAUGCGGCUGCAUGCCGAUGCUUAAUGAAGCGAUCUCUCAUAAAAUUCCUCAGGUGCUAUUUCAGCCUUAAAUAUCUUUUUGUUUAUAAAAAUUAUGUCACAGUUUCAUGUGAACAUGUAGACUUGAACGUGGGCUUGCGGUGUACUGCAGUAAUGCGCAUGUUACUGCACGACAGCGGUGAAAACAAAGAUUGCUAGUAAAGCCCGCGCAAACUGCGGAGAACCAACCAGCGAUGGAUUACUACAAACUUACAAAAAAUAAAACCCG